AUGAACUUUUUUCUUUAUAAUAUACAAUAUAUAACAUUUCAAUUAAAAAAUCUUAAUCAAAGAUUUAAAAGAAUCAAAAACACUAUUAUAAUUAUUAAUAAAGAUAAAAUGGAUAAAGAUACUCAAGCACAAAAGUUUAAAGUUGUUUUUCUAGGAAAUCAAUCUGUUGGAAAAACACCAAUAAUCUCUCGGAUGAAUAAUGGUAACUUUGAUGGAGAUUCAAGUGUAAAAUAAAUUAUAAAAUUUCUAGCCAUCAAUUGGAGUUGAUUUUUGUUCUAAAACUUUGAUUUUCAAUGAGAAAUUGAUUAGAAUCCAAAUUUGGGAUACUGCAGGAUAAGAAAGAUUUAGAUCACUUAUUCCUAGUUAUAUAAAAGAUUCAAGUGCUGCUGUUAUUUGCUAUGAUAUCACAAGUAAUUAAUAUAAAGUAACUUUUUUAGAUGAGAAAUCAUUUUAAGAUGUAGAAAAAUGGAUAUAUAUGGUUUAAGAAUUGACUGGAGAUUAAACUCUAAUAUAUAUUUUAGGGAAUAAAAUUGAUUUAGAAGAAAAUAGAAAAAUUAAAAUGGAAGAAGCCAAAGCAAAAGUAUAAGUAAUAAAUUAUUUUACUUUAAAGAAGUUUGGACAUAAAUUCUAUGAAGUAUCUGCGAAAAAUGGCCAUAAUAUACCUGAAUUUUUGAAUUAAUUAGCUGCUGAUUUAUUAGGAAAUGCAAAGGUAAAUUUUAUUUCUCAUUCUAGUGAAAAACACAGAAAUCAUUUAAAUGAAUUUCAG